AUGGAUUAACAAAAAAAUCUCACUCGUUGUACUUUAAUAGUAAAUGAUAGUUAAAGUGAGUCUAAUAAUAAUAUUGAUCAUUCUAUUAUUGGAGUAGAGGAGGCAGUUUCAAAAGAUGCUAUAACGCAGAAUGUUAAAUAAAAAGAAAAAUUUGGACAAACAGAAAUUAAUGCUAUAUUUCAAAAUUUGCAAAGUAAUUAAACAAGCUCUAUGUCUCCGAAGCAUAAAUCCUUCUCAAAGUUAUUGAUUUAUUUUCAUUCAACCAAAUAUGCCAACAAAAUGUUACAAUUAAUUAGGCCAAAUGAAAAAUUUUCAAAGAAACAUUUUAAAAUUAUAGAUGAUUCCGCAUCAUCUUAUAAACACAUGAAGAAAAGAACUCAUCUAGCAACAAAUAUGGUUAGUUAAAAUUUAAACCUAAUUGAUUUCAGAGUAAAACUCAGAAUGAAAGUUAGAGAGUUCUAGUCUUUAUUAAAAUAAAAGUUUCUGCUUUACUUUUCCUUAAUUCCAUUAAUUGAACCUUAAAGUAAAUUUAAAUUAUUGUGGGAUUUUCUAUUGAGCAUCAUGAGAAUGUAUAUGAUAGUAUGCAUGCCUAUAGUAAUAUCGUUUCAUUCUAAAGAUAGCGAAUAAUAUCAUUGUCUUUACAUUAUUCUAACAUGUCUAUUUUUUAUUUUUGACAUUAUACUUAGAGCAUUUACAAUUUGUUAUGAUAAAGGCCUUCCUUUGAAGGACAAAUUCGAAUUGAUUAAAAGACAGUUUACACUAUCAACAUUCAUGGAAUUAUUUAGCAUCUUUUGUGGGAUUAUUAUCGCUUUAUCAUUCUUAUCAGAAUAAGAAAGCCCAUAUAUAUUAGAAGAGGAUGGGUGGCCUAGAAUGGCACUUUUACUCUUCUAUUAGUAGAUAAUGAAUAUUCUACAAUAUUUUGAUACAAUUUAACAUCAAUUAAAAUUAAGUAAAUUAAGUAAUUCGUUUAUUGAAUUGCUUAAAUUAGUAUUCUUAAUAUUAUUAAUUCAACAUUUUUGUUGUUGUCUUUGGGUAGUGAUAGGAGAGUAUAAGUAAAGGUAAGAUACAAUUAAUUGGCUUAAAAGAGUCGAAGGAGAGCCUUGGUAAAAUGUAUAUUUGGAAUCAUUUUAUUUUAUGAUAGGUUAUGGAGAGAUAGUACCAACAAACCCUAUUGAGAAGAUAUUUUGUAUUUGUUACAUGUUUCUAUCCACUAUGCAACUGUCAUUUUCUGUAAAUACAAUCGGAACCAUAUUGACUUAAAUCAAGGAGAAUAACGAGAAGAUUAGAUAGAAGAUGACUUGUAUAAAUGAGUAUAUGAGGGAAAAAUAAAUUAGUUAAAGUUUACAAUAUAAAGUGAGAGAAUAUUUCAAUUUUUACUGGGAAUAGGAAGUCAUACAGAAACGAAAUGAACAAUCUGAUUUGAUCUAAUUGUUACCAGAAGAAUUGUAAAACAACCUUAAAAUUGAAUCUGCUUAGGUUCUAAUGAGCAAAUGCCAAUUUUUUAAGUAAUUCUUCUCCUAAAAAUGUUUACAUCAGCUUCUUGAUAAGGUAGAAUUUAAGUCAUAUUAACCUGGAAUAGUAAUUGAAAACAAUGAUCUGAAUAUAUUCAUUAUAGAAUAAGGUCUAGUUGAAGUUAAAUAAUAAAAAAGGUAAUUAUGCUAUUUGAAAGAUAAUGAUUAUUUUGGUCAUCUGGAAAUGAAAAGUAAUUAAUCAUCAGCAUUAUAAUAUAAAACAGCCUCAUUUUGCAGCAUACUCAUAAUUCCUAAUUAAGGAAUAAGGGAAGUCUUGUAAUAAAAUGAAAAUGAUUAGGAAUAAUAUUAAAAAAUCAAAGAUAUAUCCUAUUGUUACGUUUGUCAAGACAAAACUCAUUUGAGUAAUGAAUGUUACCAAGUUCAUUUUGUGCCAGACAAAGAAAAAGUCAUAAAGCAGUAUAAUUUUAUUCAGGAAUAAUUUCGUGAUUGUUUCAGGAGGUCAAAUAAGAGACAUCAUUUUUCUGCCUCAUAAGAUUUGGAAUUGAUUUCAAAUUCUGCCAAAAUCUAUCAAAUAGAAAACGACUAAAUAAUUGAAUAAAUAGUUCCUACCAUAUUUUAUGAGUAAAAACAAUCAAUUUAAGAAUUGGAAGAAUGCUAUAAUUAUGAUAGAUUUAAUUAAAGUGAGAAUCAUUAAAGAAAAAUCAAAUAUAAACAUAAGGCUUCAGGGUCACAGAAUAUGAUUAGGGCAUAAACUAUUGAUAUUUUGAUUAAUGAUAAUGGCAUGAAAGAGAUGCAUGAACAAAUCAAAUAGAAAUAUGAGAAUAUUCAUAAAUAUACGCAGUAAUAAUAAAAGGAUCUCUAAAUGCUUUAUAAGUAAUUAAGUAACAAGGGAGAAGAGAAUUCAGAAACUUGUGAUAAAAUCCAAAACUUACGGUACAAUAAAGAGUGGAAUCUAGAGAAUAUUGUUAAGAAGGUUAAUAGAUGCUAAAAAUAAGAGUUUUAGAAAUCUACGAUUGAACAAUUUUAGAAGUAUAUGAUGUUUCCGAAUCAAUUUGUAUCUUUGUAUAAGAAUAAGAAAAUACCAACUCAAGAGGACUAGGAAAAGCUGAAUGCAUCGGUAUUCAUUCAACAAUACAAAUAAAGUAAAUUUUGUUUAUUAUCUGUAAGAUCUAAAAAACCUAAAGAGAAGAAAUGGGAGAAUUGUACCUUAAUUAAUAUUUAAUAUAAAUUAAUGAACGACAAUAAGUAGAAAGAUCUUGAGAGUCCGAUUUUCGCAGUUGUGUGUUUUCCUGAUUCUGUUUUAGUGAGCUUAGGAGGAGGAGGAAAGAAAUAUGGAUUAGUUAAUAGUCUACAAUUAUUUCCGAAACCAAUAUAUGGAAUUUUGAAGGAUCCCAUUCAUACUUUACAAUUAGGAGACGAGAUAUUCUAAAGAUUAAGACUAAACACGAAAACAGGAUUAAUUGUGGGAAAUAGCGAUGAUUAAUGUGUGAUAUUGAAAGUUUAAGAUAACAAGAUCUCAAUAGUAACUAAGUUUUAGACUGACAGGGCAGCAAUAGAACCUUGUUAGAAUGACGGAGUCUUUAAAUUAUUAGGGGGAUACUUUGGCCACAGGAGGAGAAGACGGAAUUUUGAAGGUUUGGAAUAAGGAUUAUCAAUUGAAAUACACAGUGGAUAUGAAAGGGAAAAUUUAAUCAUUAGAUUAUCAUGUAGCAAAUGGAAUGUGGCCACUGACAAUGAAGAAUGCAAGAUAUUAAAGGAUAGCCACGUGUUGCAUAAAUUAGAUAUUUCAUCAAACAAUAUCCAUAAAUUACAGUUUCAAUCAGCUCUCUUCUCAUUAGAUGGCACUACUAUAUUCACAUUCAAGAAUCCAAUGAGAGGAGCUUCUUAUAUGACAAGUUGGAGAAUCGAAAAUGACAACAUUAAACCAUUAAAAACAAUAAAGAUUCAUGGACAUCCAGUAGUCAGUACUUGUUAAUCAAAGGAAGGCAUAUUCAUUGGUAUUGGAUGUUCUGAUGGAACUGUAAAAAUAAUAAAUGCAAGAAAAUUGGAUAUUGAAUCUAGUAAGUAGGCUCAUGAACUUCCCUGUACAGCAUUAUGCUUUACUCCAGAUUCCAGAUUCAUUAUUUCAGGAUCGGUGGAUGCCAAAUAUCAUUUUCUCUAAAAUACUAGACCUUAAGGAAUGUUUUCUUUACUAUCAAAAUUCUGGCUAUUAGGUAUGUUGUUAGCAUACUUAAUUAUUGUAAUAAAGGAUUUAUUUGAAUGA